AUGGAAGAGAAUCAGCAGCAAUGCCCCGUACGGCACAUUUGGGAGCCUCAACAAGGGCAGGUUCAACAACAGGCGAGUACUGGCAGCGAGUGCCCAGUCCGUAACACUUGGGACACCUCAAGCCUGUACCACACGAACGGUCAGUUCCAGCACCCGCCCAUCUCUCAAACGAAUGGCCAGGCGAGAUGCCCCAUGGGCUACUUCUCCAUCUCUGCUUCUUCGGGCGCUCCCGCCUCUUCUUCGGACGGUGCCCCCAAGUGCCCAUUCGCGUCCCUCUCCCUGGGAUCCAGCACAGACAGGAGGGCGCCCCCUGAGCAGCUGCGUCUGACCAUUCUGGGCCACGUCACCAACGACAUCAACAUCUUCGUCGGCAAGGAGACGCGCGCGCAGGGUGGUGGAGUGCUGUUCAGCGGUGUGGCUGCCUCCAACUUGGGCAUGAACGUUGAGGUUGUUACCAAGUGCUCGGCCGAGGACAAGCCCGUGUUCCAGAAGAUCUUUGCCCCCAGUGGAACCAAGGUACAGUUCCUGCCGUCGCAAGAGACGACUUGCUGUGAAAACAACUACCCCAAGCCCAACUCGGAUGAAAGAGUCCAACGCUUCCACGCUGUUGGCGCUCCCUUCACGGUGGACGAUCUGAAGCACAUUGAAUCCACAAUCGUCCACAUCAACCCUCUUUCAUAUGGCGAGUUCCCUGACGAGCUGAUCCCCAAGAUCAAGGAGCUCAACCCCUCUGUUCAGUACCUGGUCGCCGACGCGCAGGGAUUCAUCAGGCACAUCGACAUGCAGAACGGCGGCAAGAUCUCGCACAAGGACUGGGCUGCCAAGGAGCAGUACCUCAAAUACUUUGAUUUGUUCAAGGUGGACGACAAGGAGGCCACUGUCUUGACCGGAGAGAAGGACAUGAAGCGCGCCAUGCAGAUUCUGCACGAGAAGGGCGCCAAGAUGGUGCUCGGGACGUACAACGCGGGCGUGCUGUUGUUUGAUGGCAACAUCUUCUACCAGGCAAGCUUCGGUCCUUGGAAGGUAGAGGGAAGAACUGGCAGGGGAGAUACUGUCACCGCGAGCUUCCUUGCCGCCGCCGGGUUGAGCGGAGGACCCUGGAAGCGCAACGUCGCGCUUGAGUUUGCCGCCCGCGUGACCACCACCAAGAUGCAGUACCCGGGUCCGUACCGUCGGCCAACGGCCUCGCUUUGA